AUGAGACAGCCCAUAGAUGUGGCAGCUUUUACUGAGUAUGUGCGAGUCAACGUACCCGUCAUCAAAACCCCGAUCCGUUUGAACCAGUUCUCUCACGGGCAGUCAAAUCCAACAUACGAAAUUACUUCUGCGACAGGGCAAAAGUUUGUUCUCCGCAAGAAGCCGCCCGGAGAAUUGAUAUCCAGGAAUGCGCAUCGUAUUGAACGAGAAUAUUUAGUGAUCAAGGCUUUGGAGCAUACCGAUGUGGCAGUUCCUAAAACCUACUGCCUGUGUGAGGAUGUUUCAGUGAUAGGUACCCCUUUCUAUAUCAUGGAAUUCCUAGAUGGAAGGAUUUUCAAGGAUCCAUGGUUACCCGAUCUCUCACCAGUGGAACGCCGUGAAAUUUGGAAAGAGGCUCUGCACACUUUAGGCAAGUUGCACAAAAUAGACAUAUCGGCAGUUGGUCUGAGUACACUUAUAAAGCCGACCCAAUUCUACUCGCGGCAAGUCCAGGCGCUCAGCAGAGUCUCGGCUACGCAAGCUAAAGUGAGAAGUGUCGAAACAGGGCAAGAAGUGGGAGAACUACCAUAUUACGAUGAACUUGUCAGCUUCUUCUCUAACGAGCUAUUACGGCCGCAUAAUCGUAAAGCAUUAGUUCACGGAGACUUUAAACUUGAUAAUCUGGUAUUUGACAAAUUAAAAGCUCGUGUGAUUGGUAUCUUGGACUGGGAAAUGGCGACUGAAGGUCAUCCUCUCUCUGAUCUUAUGAACCUGAUUUCGCCAUUUUCAUGGUCCUUCAAACGAAUGCCGAUGCUAGUCGAGUACUCACUAACUGAGGAUCUGAGAGAGUUGCAUGAAAAAUUCUCGUCGGGUAACGUGGACGGUAUUCCAAGCGCUGAAGAAUGCUUUGAUUGGUAUCAAAAUGUUGCCGGAUGGGAUCCAAGAGAGGGAGUAGACUGGGCUCUAGCAUUUAGCAACUUUCGCACAGCAGUGAUUAUGCAAGGGAUUGCUGCACGACUAUUGAAAGGUCAGGCAAGUGGAAUAAAGGCUAAACAAUACGCCUUGCAAAGUCUGACAUAUGCGAUUUGGUCACAUGCAGGGAUUCGAAGCAUCAAGGCUUAG